ACUUCCUGGUCCAAAGUUGUAUGUGUACAUAAAUCAAAGGAAAUUGAGUAUGCAGUCGGAUGGUAAACUCUCGUUUGGGAAUUACACCUCAACGGACCGGUUUCGCACACGCACGUCUCUAAACUGGGUGAGCGAGAAGAGAAGUUAAAUGUUAUAAUUAAUGUCUCAGUGUUGACACUUCGCGAACAUGAUACCAACAGCUGAACAUCUUCCAAGCAACGGAGCCCUAAAGUCUCAUUGUGAACCGAAACUACUGAAAAAUUACAUUGGUGUGAAAAAUGGAUAUCACAAAAAUAUACAGGUGCAAACAAAUGGCAAGAUUAACGGCUUUCAUCAGCCUCGACCUAGGGGUGAAGAUUCAUUCGAGCAGGCCCCCAUGUAUGUGGCUGUCCUGACUUACAUGGGGUUCGGGAUUGUCACCUUAUUUGGCUAUUUCAGGGACUUCUUAAGAGCUGUUGGCCUGGAGAAGUGUAAUCAGGCACUGGAGAGAGAAGAGCAAAAGGACUUUGUUCCUCUUUACCAAGAUUUUGAAAACUUUUACACCCGGAACCUGUACAUGAGAGUCAGGGACAAUUGGAACCGGCCCAUAUGCAGUUUACCCGGUCCAGUUUUUGAUCUCAUGGAAAGGGUCACUGAUGAUUACAACUGGACUUUCAGGUUAACAGGGAAAACGAUUGAGAACGUCAUAAACAUGGGCUCUUACAACUAUCUGGGUUUCGCUGAAAACAAUGUUGACUUCGUGAAAACCGUAGCAGAGAAGACCAAGCAGUACGGGGUGGGGGUCUGCAGCACAAGACAGGAACUAGGCAACUUCAGCAUCCAUGAGAAACUGGAGCGACUUGUUGCGGAGUUCUUGGGCAUGGAAUCUGCCAUGGCAUUCGGAAUGGGCUUUGCCACCAAUUCCAUGAACAUUCCUGCUCUGGUGGGAAAGGGCUGUCUGAUCCUGAGCGAUGAGCUAAAUCACACUUCCCUCAUCCUGGGAGCCAGGUUGUCGGGGGCAACCAUUAGAGUCUUCAAACACAACAAUAUGCAAAGUCUAGAAAAGCUGCUGACGGAAGCAAUUUGCUCGGGGCAGCCUCGUACCCAUCGCUCUUGGAGGAAGAUCCUCAUUGUGGUGGAGGGUAUUUACAGUAUGGAAGGCUCUUUGGUCCGGCUGCCGGAGAUCAUAGCACUAAAGAAAAAGUAUAAGGCAUAUCUCUACCUUGACGAGGCCCACAGCAUUGGGGCAGUGGGACCCACAGGUCUGGGAGUUACAGAACAUUUUGGGGUGGACCCGAAAGAAGUGGACAUUCUGAUGGGGACCUUCACUAAGAGCUUCGGAGCUGCUGGAGGGUUCAUUGCUGGCAAAAAGGAGUUGGUGGAUUACUUGCGGUGCCACUCUCACAGUGCAGUCUAUUCUACAGCCAUGUCCCCACCUGUCGUUGAGCAGAUCAUCAGAGCAAUGAAAUGUAUAAUGGGAGUUGAUGGUACGACAGAAGGCCAACGUAGAGUUCGGCAGCUGGCUGAGAACACGCGCUACUUCAGAUCUCAGCUGCAGGAGAUGGGCUUCAUCAUUUACGGCAACCAGGACUCUCCCGUGGUACCACUCCUGCUCUAUCUACCAGGGAAAGUUGGGGCGUUCUCACGGGCCAUGUUGAAGCGAAAGAUUGGUGUUGUAGUUGUUGGUUUCCCAGCUACACCCAUUACAGAAGCCAGGGCUCGCUUCUGUGUGUCUGCCGCCCACACUAGAGACAUGCUCGACAAGGUUCUCCAGAGCCUUGAUGAACUUGGGGACGAACUCAGGGUGAAGUUCUCUCGCCACAGACCUUCCAUUCGACCAGUGCUGUGCAAUAAAAUUGACUUUGAACUGGACCGCUGAUUAUUGACGCUCACUGCUGUAAGAGUGAUCACUUGUCCUCCUUGAGAAACUGCCCCACAGCGAGAACGCCUGGGUAGUCUUACUGUUCCACACAGGACAGUUCUGCUUUACCAAAAAUGUGUUCAGUGUUUGUAAUUAGCUUGUCAAAUUUGUCCUACCAUGUUAAACAGGACCUUACACGUUUUAUAUAUUUUAAAAAGUUUUAUUUAAUUUAAUUUUAUUUUCUUUUUUAUUUCUUUUUGUGAAGUUUGUUAAAUUAUCUUUUCUCAGAGGAUUUUGGGGAAAGGGAGGGGGUCAUGAUGGCUAUGUUUGUAGAACAUAUAUCAAAAGCUACUCUAAAUAUAUCAAACGAUUAACUCCCUUAACACUGACCUACAUCAAAACCAUAGCGGUGGAUAAGAAAUCCCUUGAUGUGGCCCUAUUUUUUACCCUGCUGCUAAGAUGGUCUGAUGAAAGACCUCCGUGCUGUGCUGGAUUAUGUGUUUGUGUGAUCCAGAAGUACUGUACAUUGAUUGAAGGAGAUUGAACAAGGCUGGGUGUUGCAGACCAAGUCCAACUCAUAGUCAUUAAACAUUCCUGAAUUGCA